AUGAAAGUAAAUAAAAUAGAUAAAAUAUUUAUAAAUUUUUUUAAUUUUAAAGACAAAAACGAGGCUGUAGAUACAAUAUUAACACGUCCCCAAAAUCUCUACCGACGUUUUGCUCCAAUGGCAAGAGGGGCAUUUGUUAGCCCCCUUUUUGGUUAUCGUUUUCUUUCUUUGGAUCCGCCAUCUAAUACUUUACAAGAAGAGCCUGAAAUUAAUGAAAAUAAUGAAAAAGGAUCGCCAACUAAACGAAAUUUUUAUACGCAUAUUUGGCGUGAUAUUGUACAAAGAAUGCCUGCUUAUCGAGAAAAUGAUGGCCGUAGACUUUUUCAAUCUGUUGAGCGAGAUGGACCAUUAGCUAAACGUAACCCAACUGAUCGAAUGCAUGCAAUGCGUGUUGGCUAA